GACUGAUGUUUGGAGUCAGAAGUGUGUGUUGCAAUCCUGCGAGUGUUGACUUGUCGAGCUGACACGACACGGGGCGCCAGAGCAGGAUGACACGAGAAUUCUGCUGGAUCCUGCCUGCCCCUCGCCCAACGAGCGUGCCGCCCUGACAGGCAGGCAAGUCGCGGGCGGGCAUUCAGAUUGUGAUUUAUGAUCUACACCCUGAACCGGGCUUGACAUCAAACUUGGUCCAUUAGAUCCCGGGGCGCUCUGAACCAUUCCACCACCACCAACACCACCUAGUUCUGCAUCCUCACGAAAACGAACCUUCGCCUUUGAGCGCACAGUCAUUCUCUGACCCCAACAGCAACAGCCACGCUUCUUUGUAACGAUGCAGUUCCGCACUCUUGCACCCGUCGUCCUCUUCGCCGCCAUGGUGGCUGCCCAACCCCGCGUUGAGGUCCCUUCGACCAUCACCGUGUGCCAACCCGCUGCCAUCUCUUGGUCCGGCGCUUCGGGGAACGUCUUCCUCAGCGCCGUCAUUGGCACCGACACAUCCGUCACGAGCAGCGCUCAGCGUAUGUCUUUCCCUCAGCAAUCCGGCCCUUCCGGCAGCUACCCCUGGACUGUCAACGUUCAGCCCGGCACUACCCUCACCUUCAUCGUCAACGACUCUACGGGUGUUCAAAACUUCAGCUCUCAAAUCCAGGUCGUUGGUCAAAACACUUGCAAUGCCGGUGCUGACUUCUCUGGUGCCGCCGCCACUGGCUCGAGCUCUGGCUCCGGCUCCACCUCGUCCACCCGCAGCGGUUCUUCUGGUGCAGCUUCUCCUACUGGUAGCGGCAGCGGCACCAGCGGCAACGGUGCCAGCCGCUCCAACGUUGGCGCUCUUGCUCUCAGCGCUGGUGCUGCUCUCGUCGGCGGUGCCCUCGUGUUCGCCUAAGAAGGGACGUUGUUCCACCCUUGUCCCUGCUUAUCACGGUGACGAUGCGCAAACUCAAAACCGCCCAUGCACGCGCUCUCUAGCUCUCAAGCCUGUUCCACUCCACUCGGCAUGGCAGAUGGGAUUUGCCCGACUGUACACGCUCGCAUCUUCAGCAUGUCUUUCAGCAUUACACGCUCGACCUUUCUCCAAACCCCUUCCGCACUACAACAGCUAUAUGCGCAUUACGUCUUGGAGGCUAGUCGUUCACUGACGACUUUCUCUGCAAUCCGACAUCUUUCACUGCCCCUUGAAUUGGCAGGGCAGCGAUCAGCAUG